GAGGGAUUCGGGGGAGGAAACUUCGCCCCCUCCCCUCCUCUCCCCUCCCCGCAGCGGCAGCGGCAGCGGCGGGCGAGGCAGAGAGGGAAGCGCUGCGGGAAUUGGCAUCCCGCGGCCGGCCAAGGGAGCUGCGGUGGAAACAGGUUGUUGGGAUCUGUCCGUGGGAGGAAGGGGCUGCUCUGCUCAGCCGCCAGCCAAGCCUGGGCGCCGGGGAAUGCAGACGGAGCUGCUGGCUCGGCAGCCGGCGGUGUGCUGAAGGAGAUGGACAGAGAAUUGCGGCGGGGGAGCCUGGCCCCGGCACCGCCGCUUCCCCGGAGCCUCCGCCGCUUCCCGAGCUCCUCAAGUUCCAGUUCUGCCUCAGCCCGGGGUUAAGCACGGCAAGUUCCACCUGCGCCGCUCCCAGCGGGCAGGGGUCAGGCAGGUGAUUUUCUUUCUUUUUGCUCCUCUGCUUGUGCGUGAAUGCCGAAUACCAAAAAGUCUGCCUGAAAGCCUGGGAGAGCUUGGGAAAAGCCACGGUGGAGAGUGUUUUUGGAUUUAUUUGGAGCAAAGUACUCGCACCUCUGCUGGAGGGAUUCGUAUGGCUUGAAGGGUGGAGCUGGCAGCUGGCACUCAGACCCCCAUGGAUCCCCUCAACCUCUCGUGGUACGACGGGGACAGGAACUGGAGCAGGGCCCUGAACGCGUCGGACGCGGCGCAGAAGCCGCACUACAACUACUACGCCGUGCUGCUCGCCAUCCUCAUCUUCAUCAUCGUCUUUGGCAACGUCCUGGUGUGCAUGGCAGUGUCCAGGGAGAGAGCCCUGCAGACCACCACCAACUACCUGAUCGUCAGCCUGGCCGUGGCUGACCUGCUGGUGGCCACGCUCUGCAUGCCCUGGGUGGUUUACCUGGAGGGAAUUGCUCUUGUCACCCUGGACGUCAUGAUGUGCACUGCCAGCAUCCUCAACCUCUGUGCCAUCAGCAUCGACAGGUACACGGCUGUGGCCAUGCCCAUGCUCUACAACACCCGCUACAGCUCCAAGCGCAGGGUCACCGUCAUGAUCGCCGUGGUCUGGGUGCUCUCCUUUGCCAUCUCCUGCCCGCUCCUCUUCGGCCUCAACAACACAGAUGAGAAGGAGUGCAUCAUUGGCAACCCUGCCUUCGUGGUGUACUCCUCCAUCGUGUCCUUCUACGUGCCCUUCAUCGUCACGCUGCUGGUGUACGUGCAGAUCUACAUCGUGCUGCGGCGGCGCAGGAAGCGUGUCAGCACCAAGCGCAGCAGCCACGUGCUGGACUCGGACACGCAGGCACCCCUGAAGGACAAAUGCACUCAUCCAGAAGACGUCAAGCUCUGCACAGUUAUUGUGAAGUCCAAUGGGAGCUUCCAAGUUAAUAAGCGCAAAGUGGAGGCAGAGAGUCACAUAGAAGAGAUGGAAAUGGAGAUGGUGUCCAGUACCAGUCCCCCUGAGAAAACGGCCCUCAAACCCACAGCACCAAGUAACCACCAGUUGAUUGUGCCAGUUGCUUCUAAUCGGGGCAACAACUCUACCCUGCAGGCACCCCUGAGCAGCCCCGGGAAGGUGGAGAAGAAUGGCCAUGCCAAAGAAUCCCACCACACAGCCAGGGUCUUCGAGAUCCACUCCCUGCCCAACGGCAAGACGAGGAACUUGCUCAAGGCCGUGAUCAGGAGGAAAAUGUCCCAGCAGAAGGAGAAGAAAGCCACCCAGAUGCUGGCCAUCGUGCUCGGUGUUUUCAUCAUCUGCUGGCUCCCCUUCUUCAUCACUCACAUCCUGAACAUGCACUGCGACUGCAACAUCCCGCCGGCCAUGUACAGUGCCUUCACGUGGCUGGGCUAUGUCAACAGCGCUGUCAACCCGAUUAUCUACACCACCUUCAACAUCGAGUUUCGCAAGGCUUUCAUGAAGAUCCUCCACUGCUAAAAGUCACAAACAGCACCCGCAUUUUUUUUAGGAACGGAGGGGGAAGAGGAAGCGAUGCCAUCCAUGCACAGCGGGGCAGCCGGGGAGGGGGCUGGAGCUCUUGGGUUGGGCACCACCCAGUGCCCAAGCGCCUCGUGGGGAUGGAACGAGGUGGGAGGGUCUCUCACCCUGCUGGGUGACCUCUGGACCAGUCCCAAGGGCGCUUUUCAGAGCCGCCCUCACACCGUGUUGGAAGUGGAAGUGCGAGAAUCGAGGCGCUCUCGCUGGGUUCUCGCCCGUGGCCACCCGGCCUGGAGCGCGCUGGACACUGAGUGGCCACGGGGCCACCAGGAGGUAGCGCUGGGUCACGGGCACAACUCUCACCAAAGACAAGGCCACCCUUCCUGGGCAGCAGGAGCCAGACAGGGCCCGUGGAAGCUCUGUGCAAUAGCUUUGCCUUCGCCUCGCGCUGACUCACCCGGGGGUUCACUGCUGGAGCCUUCACAGAUGAAAUAAAAACCAACCCCAAAACUUUCAGAGGUCCCCAGGCGGGUUGGGAAGGUUCUGCCACCCACAGACCCUGCAGCAGUGUGAGCCUACAAGCUGUGGGUGGAAGGGAGAAGGGGGCAUCAGUCUCACGCCAAACCAUCGGUGUAAAUAGGAAUAAAUAGGAUGGAUUUUGGAGCCCAAGCCAAAAAAAAAAUAGGAAAGAAAAAAAAAAAAAAGAGGUGGAGAGAGAAAGUCAAGGAAUGGAACCUUGUUUUGCAUGGUGUACAUCCAACAGGACCCCCUCAUCUCCCAUCAGCAAUUUCUGCCCACCAGCAUCUCAUCUCCAGGCUCUGCCCAGGGUGAGGCCAGGGGAGGGGUGGCAGCGUGGUGAAUGUACAGACACGAGGACACUGUGCCAGGGGAGGCACCCUGAGCAUGCCAGCCAGGCCAGGGCUGGCUCUUCUCACCUAAAUCAGGGGCCCCAAGGAGAGCCUCGGGUCUGAUUUGCCUCUGACUCUCCCCAGAGAGUGCAGAAUAACAUUGUGCCUAACUUAAAUCAACAGUCAAGGAGAUAAAACUGUGCAUUUUGGAAAAAGCCAGAAUAAAAUCCCAAGAAAGCCCCUACCUGGACCAGCUCCUGUGUCCAAGCUGGACUCUGGAAAGGUCUGGAUGUUUCCAGCAGCCCUUACUCUCUGCUAUUUUCCCUUGGAUUCUAGGAAUUGAAACCCCACAAGAGCAUCGUUUCACCACGCUGAAUCUGGCACUGCCAAACCCACGCUGUACUUGCUACUUGUACUCACUUCACAUGAUGUUUUGCAAUAUCUCUGUAAAUAAAACACAGCAAGGUGAAUAAAACAACGUGGAAAUAGGUCUGGCUAGAAAUUCCUGCAGGCUGUGGAGCAGCAGAGGGUUGCAAUAGCCAUAAGCAGGGGCAGACUCCCAGGGUUUCUAAAAGGAGUAAAAACACAGUUGGGACAGCAAUAGAAUCCCUUUUUUCUCUAUGCAGUUUGUGGAAUAUUCACUCAGUUUCUGCUUCAGAUGAGGUGAAGAUCUGCCAAGGUUUCCUUGAACUCCCUGAUUUCCUGUAGCAGAGCUCUUUCCCGUGCUGGUAGGAUUCCAGCUCUGAUUCAGGAAGAGAUUACGCCAAGCAGCUCUAACACAUAAUCUCAGCUGUUUGCUAAAAUUGAAGCAGCAGUCCCACCUUAAUCCACAGGUUUCUGUUCUAAAGCUGGCACUCCUGGAAUGGGCUGGAAUCCAGGGGUUUUGAUAUUCAGCCCACAGCCUUGUGUAACAAGGCUCUUCAUAGCUGAAAACUGCAGAAUUGGGAAUGCCAGCUCCAGAGAUCUCAGGCACACACGAGCUCUUCUUUCUUCCCCACAGUUUUAACCAAACUAAUUCACUCAGUGGUGGGAAUCAGCUCAGACUCCUACCCCAAUAUUCACAGAAUGAUGCAAGGGCAGGAGGGUUUUGGGCAGAAAAAUAGCAGCAAAUGUCUGGUCCAUUUUUGAAUGUAUUUAUAAACAGAAAGGUCCGUUUGACUUGGGGAAUUUCCAGGUGGGGAGCUGAACAAAAAAAAGCAAAUAUUACAUAUAUAGACAAAAAGCUUUAAAGUUUGCCAUAGGUGAUGCUUGCCCUAUACUGGUGUGAACCCUCAGGGUAAGUGGAAUAAUAAUAUCCCUCAGGAUAAUGUGGAUAAUAUCUUAACUUUGUGCCAUAAUUUUACUUUGUGUCCAGUGACAACCCAAGGAAAAUCCUCAUCUCCAAUGCUGUGUACCUUGCUCCCAAAUUUUUUUUUGAAUCCAGAAGCAGAGCCUCAUAGCUCAACCUGAACCACUUCCUGAAAAACUCUUCCAAAAUGGCAUGGAGGAAACAAAGCUGCUGGAAAAGGCCUCUGUCCUUCACGUGGACCAAAAAUCCCCAGGUGUGAUUCCCAGAGCUCCAAUAUCCGUGAGGAAUUACCUGCAGCCCAUCGUUCAUCCCCAGGACAUUUUAAGCUGCUCCUUCCCAUCUCUCCAGGCUAAAUUGUGGGAAUGUGAAUAUCCCCAGUGCCAUGGGAAGGUGGCAGUGCCAGGUCUGGCCAUCUCUGCCCAGGUUUUCCUUCCCCAUCAAACUCCUGCACUUCCAGACAACAAAUGAAGCACUUUGAAUCCCGGAGCUGAGCCUUCCCCUUCCGGAGACAGCACCAAAACUCAUCCUCACCUCUGGCUCCCCAAGGAAUUGAGCAAUGCCACGGGCAGGGCCGGUGUGUGCUGGCACAAGGAGAGGUGGUGGGGUGGGUCCUGUUGGCAGGAACCCCUCAGGAUCCCCUGAGAGCCCCCCAAGAUUCGGCUGCAUCCCACAGGAGCUGCCUCUCGCCGCAGGUCUGAGCCUGGCAAACCCAGACCUCACUGUUCCUUCCGCUCUGGAAAACAAAAACCUCUGCUUCCCCAAAGACUUCUGCUGGCAGGACGUGCUGGGAAGGGUUUUAAAACUGAGCUGGGUUUUAAAAACACCUUAACGAGAAGAUUUCAUUUCUUUGUUCCUCGAGAACUUCAGGGCCUUGCUCUAGCCCCUCUUUUGUGACUCAUUAUUUAUAAUCGAAGCUUUAGUUCUGCUUAUUGAGUCUUCCUGUUCCUGCUUUCCCUCCCUGUGAUUCCCAGCUUGCUGAAGCCCUGGGUGGGGCUCUCUGCACCCCCAAAAAGGUUUGAAUUAAAAGCCAGUGAAUUCUGCCUGCUCUGUAUUUGCUGCUUGCCUGCUUGCUCCCACUCCACAGAACUGUUUAUCUUCCUGGCUGAAGAGUAAAAUUAACUCCAGUAGGUCUAACCAGCUUAUCCAAUCCUGCUGAAAUAAAAAAAAUAAUUAAAAAAAAAACCUAAAAAAAAAGGGAAAACAGGAAAAAUAAAGCCACUACCUCUUGUGGUGAAAAUCUCCAGUGCAAACACGACUCCCCGGGGAGUCAGGAAUGUAUAAAAUGCCCAUCACAGGUACAUGUGACACCAACCAAUGUCUUCAUGCAGCACUGUAAUUAAAUAGAGACUUGCACAAGCCA